CUAAACAGCCAAGUACAGCUUUUUCGAAAAAAGAAAUUCCCUUCCUUCUUUUUCAUUUCUCUCUCUGUAACUUUUCUCUCUCAAACUGCAACGCCGAUAAUGGCGGCAACUUCUAGAAGAUCAAGUGGACCGGUUAUUCGCUCGGUCUCGCCGUCCGGUAGGUUCUAUAGUGGCCGCUCUCCGUCUUCUUCUUCUUCUUCUUCUUCCGCUUUCGCUUAUUCCAGCUCUAGUUUCUCUUCUCGCUCGUCCACUUUCUUCCAUCAAAGAUCUGCCUCGCCGACGCGUGUUAACCUGUACGGUCACUCUUCGUCUUCGCCUUCCGUGCGGUUUUCAAUCGACCGUCCGAUUUCCCCCAGCCGAUCCAUCGCAACUGUUGGUCCUUCCUCCCGCGGUGGCCAAAUCGUGAAGAACCAGAACAAGCCGCAGAAGCGAAGCUGCAUGUGCUCUCCUACAACGCACCCGGGGUCGUUCCGGUGCAGCCUCCACAAAGGAUUUGGUCAUGGAAACUCGCAAGCCUUGUCUUACUCGCCGAGCAACCGCCUUAACGCUCGCCGUUCGGCGAUGACGAACUCGCUCGUCAGGAUCGGCGGCGUGGAGGGGGACUUGGUGAAGAGAGCCUUGGCUGCUCUGAUUCGCCCCUCCUCCCACCAGCAGCGUCGACGCGCCGCCUUCCAGCCUAAGCCGAGCCGCCUAUCCGUGAUGUCUAAGGACGAGGAUAAAUGAUGCGGACAAUCACAUCACGGAAUCAAUUCUAAGGAUCCCUGCGCACGAGAAGAUAGAUUCCGGCGUGAAGUAGCUGCUGGUGACGUCAGAUCCCAGUGACAUGGCGCGUGAUCUGAUCGAUACGGUGCAGUUUCGUGGAGCGGUUGCGUUUUUUUUUGUAUUCCGACGACCGAGACUACGGAUCGGAAUGGCAGGACUAUGAUAUGACAAUAUACUGUUUGUGUGUAUAUACAGACUAAAUAUAUAUACCAGUUGCAGCCAUUACUGGCGAAUUUGAGGGGUCUAUGAGAUAAAAUUUCGUUUCUAAACUAAUCAAAAAUAAUUUGAAACCAAUCUAAAUCUAAUAGGAUCUAAUAUUUCAAAACUUGUUCGCUUCGUCUGAAUUCGCCACCAUCUUCCACGUUCCAGUCCAUUGUUGGUUUUGUUUGAUCAAUUUUCCGUUUCUCCACUCGUCUUCGUUGUGUGUUGUGUGUGUAAGUACGGUCCGUUAUGGUUUCCGUUUGGUUUGACUGCUUUCCAUUUUUUUUCCGUUUGUAGGCACUUCCCUUUCCUCUGUGCGUGGGAUUCCGUCCGGCGUAUCCGCACAACAGGUCAGUUUCUUCAAAUUCGAGGUUGUCCUGGUAUUCUCAUGGCGAGGUAAAUUUGAAACCACCUGUGCUUAAUUUCUUGAUGGAAGGAGAAAAUGGUAGUAGUUUACGAAUGGGAUUUUCCUGAGAUUUAAUUGGAAAAUGCAUUUGCUAAUCAAGAAGGUGAAAUGAA